UUCGGAUGGAGGAACCAAAGGAAGUGGGCAGCGGGGAGUAGACGGGUUUGUUUGCGAGGAACACCGGCUUGCUCCCGCCAUGCGAGGGGACUGAGAUCGCCACCGAACCGGCAAUGAAGGAGCUGGCUUCGGACCUGAAAAUGGAGUGCGAUAUUUUGGAUUCGCUCGAGGCUUUGGGGUACAAAGGUCCUCUUUUAGAUGAAGAUGCCCUAAAUAAAGCUGUGGAAAGUGGUCUGGCUUCCCAAGAUUUCUGUGAACUUUGUGUUUGGUUAAGUUCUCAAAUACAGCCCUUAUGUAACCUGGAAGAAAGCAUUUCUUCAACAAACGGUGGAGAUGAUGUUGAAAGUUUACAAUUCGAGAUGAGUGGUUUUUUAAAAGAACUAGCUUGUCCAUAUUCAUCACUUGUAUCUGGAGAAAUAAAAGACAGAUUAAAAAAGAAAGAAGAUUGCCUUAAAGUCCUGUUAUUUUUAAGCACAGAACUUCAGGCCUUGCAGAUAUCACAGUUAAAACAACGUAAAGGUUCUCAUUUAUCAAAAAGUCAUGAAAUUCAUCAAGAAAUCCAAAAGAUAUCUGACAUUUUGGAUCUACCAAAGUCAUCAUCACCUCUCCCAGUCUUACUAAGCAAUAUAGAGUCAAAGCUUAAGGAGGUUUUAUCAAAACUUCCGGAUACUUACGUGGGCAAACCUCUCCUAAAAACUCUUUUGAAUCCAGAUCAAAUGGAGAGACUGGAAAAAAUCAAUGAUGCUCUUCUGAGUGAAUAUGAAUGCCGCCGUCGCAUGUUAAUGAAGCGCUUAGAUGUAACUGUACAGUCCUUUGGGUGGUCGGAUAGAGCAAAGGUGAGAACAGAUGAUAUUGCAAAGAUUUAUCAACCCAAACGUUAUGGACUGUGUCCUAAAUCAUCUGUUUCAUUAGCUCAUCUUCUAGCUGCUCGGGAAGACUUGUCAAAGAUUGUAAGAACAAGCAGUGGAUCUUCAAGAGAAAAGACCAUUUGUGCAAUCAAUAAAGUCUUGAUGGGAAGGGUACCAGAUCGUGGAGGGAGACCAACAGAAAUUGAGCCACCACCUCCUGAAAUGCCUCCAUGGCAGAAGAGACAAGAUGGGGGUGGUAGAGGGGGAGGAGGAAGAGGAGGUGGUGGCUGGAGAGGAGGGGGUGGUUUCCAAGGGAGGGGUGAUUAUAGUGGCAGAGGUGGAUAUGGAGAGUCAUAUGGUGGAAGAGGUGGAGGAGGAUACAGAAGGUACUAAUCCUAAUGAUUAAUAGUACAUACUUCCUACAAGGAGCAGGAGGUCCAAAAAAACUUAGCACCAUGAUGGCCAAACUUUAUUGACCCCUCCUUAUGAUUAAUUGCUGUUAUUCAGCUCACUAUGAGCUACUUUGCACAUGAUGGAUUUCCAACACAGAUGUGACUUCCAUUUAUGAAUGUGCAUGUACACCGGCAUGUAUCACACAUGGUACAUUAUAUUUAAUACGAAGCCCUGGUGGAUAGACAGGUCCUUUGUUGUAAAUAUGCAACAAAGGAUAUUUGAGCAUGUUGUAUCUGUUUACAGGAAGGCCCCCAUAUCAGUGGUUUCAGUAUUUGCGGUUUGCUGCAGCCCUCUGUACAAUGUAUAAGGGUUGUAUAUAGAGUUCCCUUGUAUUCAAAGUUUCAGGUGUUCACAGUAGAUCAUGGAACCAAUCCCCUUCAAAUAUGGGGGUCCUAUUAUACUGAUCUUGCAGGGUUUCUAGAAGUGAUAUCCAUGUAGAAAAUAUGUCAUGUAUGAAGUGACCCUAAUUGCUUUAAGUGAAAAAUGGUAUAUUAAAGGAGUAGAUAUAAAUUCUGACACCAUUUGGUGCAUCUGUGUUUUAUGUAAUAUACUCAGUUUCUGAAAUAUGUUCUUAGACUAUUCAGAUGUCCCAGUGAUCGCCUUCUGCAAGGCAUAAUAUGCUAGAAUUGGCUUUAAUUCUUUUUAUAACGCAUCUAUGGAAACAGUUGAAAGUAUGCAGUUUCUCUAGCUAGAAUGUAUGCUUUUUACCAAAAGCAGAAAUACUUCCAACAGGUUUCCAAAGAGUUGCAAUCUAUAUUUUUGGCAGGGAAAGAGUGGAGGGGAAAGUUUUUCUUAUGCUCUUCACCAGCUUUUCCCCCUGAAGUUCUGAAGGGACCAGGGUGGCUGUGCAACGGCAGGAAUUUCCUGCCCAUCUGUGCAGCUUCAGAGCUAAGAGGAAGUGGUUUAAUUCAGAGGGCAGAGUCACCAUUGCCACAGUGAACACAAUUGCUGCAGUGUGAUUAUAACCAGUCUUGGUAAGCCAAAUUCCAUGAACAGUAUUUGAAGACCUUGUGUAAGAAAUAGAGAUGGGCACGAACCAUGGCUUGGUGGUUGAGCCAAGUCUGGUCACAGGUGUUCCCCAGGUUCUGUUUACUUCCCCCCACACGAUUGUCCAUCCACCAGCAGCAGUGCACUUCCCUCCUCUGCCUUCUCUGUGUGAUUCUCACUCACCAGCAGCGCUGCAGCCUUCCAUGCCUUGCCUCCUCAUCUGAGUGGAUGACUGCAUGGGGAAAGCAGAGGAGGGAAGCACACUGUUGCUGGUUAGUGGGCGAUCAUGUAGAGAAGGUGAGGAGAGAGAUGUGGUGGUGCAAGCAAAUGGGCAAUUGCACGGGGGAAGGAAGCACACAAAUAUUGUAAUUCCCAGGUUGAAGCAAAACAUGUUAACUCUAUGCAUGAAACAUCUUGCAGAGCUAUAAAACUAAAGGAAGGAGGGUUUCGGCUCCUUCCGAGGUCUCAAUUUCUGCUGCAUUCCUGCCCCAGAGACAAUUAUUUUUCUUUUUGUCUUACAUAAAGACUUAGGUUUACACACACAACUGUAUGGAGGGUUAUUUUCUUUUAAUCAGUCGUAUCAAUAAUAGAUCUAAGGGCUAUUCCCAGCCUGAAGAGAAACCUGAAGAAUCCAUACCGAUUUUUAAUGAGUCAAUUUAAUUAAUUUAAAAAAAUCCCUGCCCUCCUUAAAUGGUACAAAAGACAUUAGAUAUCAAGUAAAGCAUCACCAAUCAUUGAUAAUUUGAUUGUGGUAAGUGUUUUAUCACCCACUUAAAAUGCAAUAAUGAAAUGUCUAUAUUCAGUUUUGAACAUUUCUAUGAAUUUUUGUAUGUUUUAAACCUGAGUCGUGUAUUUUGUAACAUUUGUGUUUUGUGUACAUAGUCUACACAUUAAGAGCAGUUAUGCUUUGUUUGAACACUUUCCUUGAGGUUUAUUUGUGUGAACGGAACAUCUGUAUUUGCUCUUUUGAUGGCUGUGUAGAAAUUUUAUUGUGUUAGUUUAAGUUAGUGAGCACUGACAAAUAAAGAUGAUAAAAUUGUUACUUGUA